GUAGCCCGACGACAGAAAGCUUCUCCUCGCGCAUCGGUGCGCGCGCGCAUAAGUUGAUUAACGCGGGGAAAACUGAUUUAUUGUGUCCCGUUGAAAAAAUAAUCGCGCGAGGAAAUGUGAUGGAGGGCCAGGAGUGGCGCGCGGACUGGCAGCAGCAGAGGAUUGACGGCAUCGUCUCAACCAGCCAGUGUCCUCGGGGUUUCGCGCAGACCGGCCGAGGCAGGGAGCACGAGCAGCCGGUGCUGCCGCCUCUGCACCACCCUAUCAGAGAUGUAUAUUUCCAGGGGACCCUAUGCGCGCGCAGCACGUACUCGCCGCUACAAGCGCUCAGCGAGAGCACGUGCCGGGACCACGGCGCGCAGCCGGCGCCCCCGCCGCAGCCUCCCAGGGUCCAGUUUUCUCUGCAGGUGUCCUCGCAGAACGUCACGCUGCACUCUGCAGUUGCAAGAUGCACCGCGACCUUGGAGCUAGCAGCGCUCUGGCGUAGCUUCCACGAGCUCGGAACUGAAAUGAUCGUCACCAAGGCUGGGAGAAGGAUGUUCCCAGCGCUGCAAGCUAGAUUGGGAGGGCUACUGCCGAAUGCGGAUUACUUGCUGCUAGUCGAUUUUGUGCCGCUGGACGAUAAGCGGUAUCGAUACGCUUUUCACAGCUCAAGCUGGGUAGUAGCGGGUAAAGCGGACCCAGUGUCCCCGCCACGGAUCCACGUGCACCCGGACUCGCCUGCGCCCGGCGCCCACUGGAUGAGGCAGCUCGUCUCCUUCGACAAGCUCAAGCUCACCAACAACCAGCUGGACGAUAAUGGACACAUAAUCCUGAACUCCAUGCACCGCUACCAGCCUCGUCUGCACGUGGUGUACCUCCCAGCGGAGGGUCAGAGCGCGGCGCCGGGCGUGGUGCCCUUCAGGACCUUCGUCUUCCCUGAGACCGGCUUCACGGCCGUCACCGCUUAUCAGAACCAUAGGAUAACGCAACUAAAAAUAGCGAGCAAUCCGUUUGCAAAAGGGUUCAGAGACUGCGACCCCGAUGACUGCCCUCCCGACCAGACUCAACAGCGAGGCACUCCUAGACGCCGUGAGCCGUCAGCCCCGGAGCCCUGCCCUCAACUAAGUCAGCCGUAUGCUGCGGAACCCAGCGCGUGCGGACCUUUGUACGCUACCCAUGCUCAUCCAGUACGGUACCAACCUCAUGCCGGCCACAAUAGUGCUUACAGCGCGUACUAUGCCCACAGGUAGCCCACGCGUGGGGUCGCUAUGUGAUAGUUUUGAAUGAGAGGAAAGACAACAGAUGGAUGUGAAUGUAUAUUGUAGAGAAUGUAAAAAUAAGUAUUUAUGAUAAAAGAUGGGAAGAACAAUUAUUAUUAGGAUAGUACAGGAUUUGGGGUGCCAAAGAAAACAUACCAAAUGUAGGAAGUCAUUAAAAAAGGAAAGGACACGUAGUAAGUAAACUAAAUAGAUUUUCUAGAGUCAAAUAGGUUUGCCGGGGGAAUAUUUUCUGGGUUAUGACAAUUAAAACUUAAACUGUACACAGAAAAAGCAAUAAAUAAAUUCUAUUCUAUUUUAAAAAAAUGGUUUAAGUAAUAACAGUUCUUCAGGAUCACAUCUACACUUUUAGGUUAGAAAAAUAUUUUUUGAAUCAACAUUUUAACAGUGUUAAAUACGACGACCGCAACGAGAAUUACCCGAAUCUUAAAACGUUGUCAUACGAGUAGGUAAUGAUGGAUCCUAAUUUAGUAUUAAAAUUAUUUGUUUCUUGAAGAUAAGUAAGCCUAAUUCAGAAGUUAUGCUGGUGACAGGCUUUAUUAAAUUAAUCUUUGAUUCGUGUUAAAGCACGGAAAUACAGAUAUUACUUAUUAUCGAAGGCAAGAACAAGCACUGUACUUAAGGUGAAAUAGAGUUUAAUAUAUUUAUAAGUUAUUUGUAAAUUAGUAAGGUAUAGCUUAAGUUUUAAAACCAAAAAAAGAUGGAAACAGUGCCUUUUAUAAGUGAUACUGUUUACUUAGCUCUAGUUUAAACAGAUAUUUUAAUGUUACCAAAUAUAAAAAUAAGUAUUAGAUUUAAGUUCUUUUGGUGCCAAUUAUUAUGAAAAUUAGUAAAGGUAGAAUAAAUACUUAUAAAUCUCUGACUAAAAUUAUUGUUUACUGAAAAAUGAAAAUUUUGAGUGUAAACCAGUCAUUUGAAACCAAAUCUACGGUAGGAAUUUAAGAUUUUCAUAACAUUUUUGAAAUUUCUACCGUCAAAAUGUUGUAACCAAAGGUGUUUUUUAAGUUAAAUGUAAAGAUUUAGU